UUCGAGAAUGUCUGGAGAACUUGACUGGGCUCAAGGCUGCAGACUCCUGAGGAGAAACAACGCCUAAUUGGAAAUGAUUUAAGGGUACCCUCAUUCCCCAAGAUGUUAUACCUUCCUCAGCCACUCUCUGCUUUCGCCUCUCCUUUAUUGUUGUCUUGCUUCUGGUCAAGAUGUUCUGUCUUUUGUGUUCUCUAUGCACCUUUGCACUAAUCGCCGCUGCCCAGACUACAGCACCCAAUGAAUAUACGGUCCAGAAAAUUGCAGCCUUGGAUAACUUUCUUGUCGAGAAUCUAGCUGUGCGAGGCAACGGCAAAAUCCUCGUGACAACUUCGGCCCCCGCGGCGACACUAUGGGAAAUCGAUCCCCAAUCAUCGCUCAAUGCAACUCUUAUCACACAGUUUCCGGGCGUCUCUGGCUCUUAUGGCAUCACUGAGCUUCAGCCUGAUGUAUUCUAUGUGACGACAGGCAACUUCUCGAUUCAGACGAGACAACCCGUUCCGCAAUCAUUCACGCUUUUUGAAGUCGAUAUGAGCGGCUUUCGCCAACUUCCCACCGGCAAGGUAACCAGCCUUCCAACUCCACGCGAGAUUGCCAUACUCGCGAAUGCCACUGUCCUCAAUGGCCUCACACAUGUUGAUGGGCAAGACGGAUUUGUCCUGGCGGCCGAUUCCUACGCUGGUCUGAUCUGGAAGGUCGAUGUAGCAACAGGAGACGUUGUGGUAGCUAUCAAAGAUGCGUCGAUGGAUCCCAGCCCCUCUAAAGCAGCAGGAAUCAAUGGGUUGAAGUAUCAAAAUGGGUCUCUCUACUAUACAAACACGGGUUCCAACCUGUAUUACCGCCUAGCAAUCUCUGCGAAUGGGACUGCUGCGGGGACGCCCGAAACCAUCGCGCAGAUCGCCAAACCCGACGAUCUCAUCUUGGAUGACUCUGGAACAGCCUAUAUCUGCCAGCAGGUCAACUCUUUGAGCAGGGUUGCUGGCAACGGGACAGUGGAGGUGAUUGCCGGUACGGCGAACAGCAACGCCAGCUCGCUUCUCGGACCAACUGCUGUGGCUUGGGGCAGAACUCCAUCAGACAAGGACAAGCUGUAUGUGACAACGAAUGGAGGGCAAUCGGCUGCUUCAAAUCCGUCAUCGGGCUCUCAGGGUCUCUCCGUAAUAGGGCCAAUCGCUCAGGAUUCCGCCGCGACGAGUAACUCCUCGACUUCGGCUUCGUCUUCGGCUUCAUCUUCAGCUUCAGCUACUUCAUCGGCAACGCAAGGAGCCGCUACACAGACUCAGUCCACUGGCGGGGCGGCUGCAUCUUUCGAUCAAGGAGUACGUUGGUGCCUAUUCAUGGUAUCCCUAGCGCUUCUUUCUGUGCUGUUGUAA